UUCUGUUUGUUUGUGUUUGUGUGUUGUGUGUGUGUGUUGUCACAAUACCGUUGUCAUUCAAUAUUUGUCGAUUGUUGUUUAUAAUUUUUCUUCAGAGUCUCGUGCACAUUGAACAUGAAAUUGGCCGACCGAAAAGUUUAUUUUUUCAUCUGUAUCGGAUUACUUAUCGUAUUGUUCAUUACGGAAUUGGUUGAUGCACAGAAAAAACGUCGUAAUCGUAAUAAGAAUAAAAAUGGUGCCGAUCAAUGUCAUCAAAAAGAGAUGGUUAAAUGUUUAGAUAAAUUAACAUCAUUAGGUAAAGAAAAUGAUCCAACAUCGAUCAUUACAACAUCACAAGGAUUGAAUAGAAUUUGCAAGACAAUCAAGGAUGAUACAAUGAAAUGUGCAAAAGCAUAUUUUAAAAAAUGUGGCACACCAUUACAUCGUGAAUUAAGCGAUUUGGUCAUGGAUGUCAUUAUGCAUCGUGUCACCAGAUUUUGUGACAAUAGUCAACAAAAAUCAAGAUUCCUCAAACAUUCACCUUGUUUCCAUUCAAAAGUAUUGCGUACAAAUGAUUUCAAAGCCAGCUGUAAUGAUCCAUUUUUACAUGUUGCCGGAAAAAUUGAUAUGAAUCAUUUACGUACUGAUGAUGUACAUGAAGCAUUAUGUUGUGGAUUCAACACGUGGUUUGAAUGUUCUAAUUCUAUGAUCAAACGUGAAUGUACGGCUGAAGGUGCACGUGUUGCACGUGAAUUCCAUAAUAAUACCGUUGGACCAUUGACUGAUCUAUUCUGUCCAUUUGAUGUUUUUCCUGGUGGUUCAUCAUCAUGUAAACGAGUGAUGAAUGCGGCCAAACCAAAAUCUGGUACUAAACCGGCAGAGAAUACGAUCUCAAAACUUGCCGUUCAAUAUGCUCCAUUUAUGUUCACUAGUAGUAGUAGUAGUAAAAAUUAAACAAAACAACAAAAUCAAAAUCCAUACAAAUGUAUUAUGUGCAAACCUUUUGUCGAUCAUAGAUUCACAAAUCGAUCACACACACACACAUUUACCAUAUCGAUUUAUAUCUAUUUUAAACUUUUCUUUUUUAUUUAAA